AUGGCUUCGCGACCUACCUCUCCUGCUCUCUUCGGCCGGCCCUUCCUCUUUUCGUCAGACGAGUCUCGCAGGACCAGCAAACAGCAGGACGCAGGCCCCCGCUCUCGCACUUCCUCCCUUCCUCCCACUUCUCCUGUUACUGCUGCUCAUUCAGACCCAUUCACUGCGCAUCCCAGUGGAUCAUCUUCCUUCGUUACCUAUGAUAACGAGCCUCCAGCCCUCGUAUCAUCUUCUCUCACGUCCUCCGCAUCGUCUACAACUUCCAGCUCUCCGAAUGGUGGCGCGCAUCCCACGCUAGCAUCCUUGCCGAAGCGCGCCCGCGGGAGCCUUCUGUUCGCAGCUUCAUCGCUCUCGUUCUCUCGCCCGUCCCUCAAAUCCAAGGUCCGCCCUCCCAGCAUGUCUCGUAAGCAGUCGACGGGCGCCGCAGCCAUGCCGUUCAUGUACUCUGAGGUUAUCGAAAUCGCUGCAGCCCCUCCUAGAGAUGACGAGGACGCCGAGCGUGAACGUCUUCGCGAUGCCGCUGCCCAGUCAAUAGGAUUGGAUCCUGUGCUACUUGAGGAGCGUAGCUUUUCCCUUGAUGAGGAAGCCGAGGACACGGAACUUGCCAGCGCGAGUCAGCAUCAUGAACAUACGCGCGCCGCUACGCCGGCGGCAAGCAUCUCUCCGUUGUCACUUGCGCUGAUUCUGCCACCAUUUCCGGCGACGCGCGCCUCGCUCGAGCCGUUUGUCACGAUGACUGCGCGCGUCCCAAAGCACUACUCACCGCCCUCGUACUCGCUCCUGAAACUCACCUUUGCUCGGCAGUGGAAGACGCGCGCAUUGCUACUCACGGUUGCCAUACAUCCCCCAUCGCCAACACAACCGCAUGGGACUGGACACGGUCCUACCGCUUGUCUCCACGUCUUCAAAAACCCCAAUCCCACACAGGAUGAUCGUGAGCUCGAGAGGCUUCCGAUUGGCGCUGACAGUCAUGUGUUCGUUGCCGAGGAGGAUGUUGCAGGUCGCCGUGGCGUGGUCAAGGUAGGAAGCGCCGGUGGCGAGCAGAUGGUGCUGCACAUGGUCGAUGUAGUGGAGGCGCAGGCAUGGAUUGCGGCCGUCAAGCAAGCGGUGCUUAGCCAGAGAUCUGUGCGCGCAGGCCUUGGUGUAGUGUCCCCCAGCUCGAGUGCCGUUGAGCCCCGGGGUGACCUUGACGUGAUGCUCUCUAUGCGUGCACAAGGCAUGCUUACGUCUCCGUCCCCGACAUCGUCUUCGUCUCCACCCGAGGUUGAUAGCUCCAACGCGUCGCAGCGCUCUGUUUCCGUCUCGCGUUCACCGAGCGGCCCAGUAUCAGCAUUGCGUGGGCUAUUCACAGGCGCAGGCACUCGUCCGCGUUCACCCUCCACUGUGUCAACAACAAACCCACGAAGCUCUGACGACACCGACGACGCCGAGGAUUCGUUUGGGCGGGCGGGCACGAACCUAUUGAGUAUGCUGCGCUCGAACAGCAUCACGGGCGAGCGCUCGGCGUCUCCUGCCACACCUACCACGAGUGGCUUUUCAAGAACGCCGCCGCUCACGUCCUCCACUCCUUCCACGCCGCGACAGACGGAUGCGCCUCUACUGGACCGUAAGAUUCUUCAGGACGACCAGAUCGCGAUUGUCGAGGCUCAGAGCCACAGCAAUCCGCCGAUCUUUGCGAACGGUAUGGACGUUGGCACGCUUUUCAGGGGGAAGCAUGCUUCUGCGACAUUACGUGCGUCGGCAGGAAGCCCAUCUCUGAACCCCCCACCACGUCGCAGGGCAUGGACUUCGAGCGGCGGCGCCCCGACAGGCCCGCGCGCCCGCCCUGAGAGCGCAUACACAUAUACACACGCAAAUGGGAGUACAGCCGAUAGCUUUGGGCUGCGGCAGACGAACAGCAGUAUUAUUGGGAGUGGCGCGGGCAGCAUGUUCCUGAACGCGACCCCGCCCGGGGCGUCGGAGGGUGGUCGCCCACGCACGUCGUUCUCUUCCAUGUCAUCAUACGCAUCAGGGGAGCCGCGCACGUCCGCGGACAUCGGGCGGUCAAACUCCAAGCGGUGGUCACGCCAGAGUACGCUAGCGCAGCGGCUUACCCCGCCAGAUAGCGCGCUUCCUGAGGUGCCAAAUAGUCCGCCGGGCUCGCCGGGCAGUGGAAGCAGCUUUCGCUCGUCGAUGCGCCAUCCUUACGCCGCGGAGGGCAGCAGCAGCCCCAGCGCAGGUGCGCCGACGCGUCCCGCGUCCGUGCAAGGCAGCCCGCAGAGCUUCAUGUUGAAUUUGCGUGACUACUCGAAGCGCGCGUCAAGCUCAUCGGCGCGCAGCGUAAGCAGUGCCAGCACGAGCCACUCGCGCGCGACGAAUGGGAAUUCAAUAAACGGCGGCGGUAGCAGCUUCCUCGGGCAUCGCCCUCGGUCGUCGCAUCGCACGUCGAUGCCCCCGCCGCAGCGGCCUGCGCCACUCUCUGCGCUUCCUCCGACACCGCCGCCAGCCACUGCCGACGACACAGCGUUUUCGACGCGACCGAAGACGCCAAGUUCGGCGCCCCCGAUCAAGACGUCCUUCCGCGAGUCGUUUUCGCUACGUCCGAACCGUCUGUCACUAUCCCCUCCGAGCCUCCCGCCGUCGACGGGCCUGCCGCCUCGCCCGGAUGAGACGCCCACCUCGAGUUUUGGGUCUACCUCGAUCUCAUUUCGCAGUCACCGGCGCAACUCGAGUACUGGGAAUGGCGCUGUGUCGCUUACGCCCAUUCCUGCGUCCCCCACGCCGCUCAACUCACCUUAUCCGCCUCCGAGCGGACCAUUACCGCCAACCCCCGAGGUGCAGUUGCUGCCGCCGCCCACCUCGCGUGCCGCGUCCAUAAAAGUGCGCCUGCGCCUGAAAAGUGCGCCCGCGCAGCCGCCACAGGCGGACAUUCCGCCGCACCCUUCCCCUGUACCCUCUACGAUCAACCCAUACUCGGUUCCGUCGACUCCUAUAGGGGAGCCUAUAAUCUGUGUACAAAAUGACCCGAGUUUCCUCUUCACGGCGCCUUCGACGCCGCCGCCGCUAUCCCGCAGUAUCAUCAGAGCGGCGUCACCAGCCUCGUCGUUGGAAGGGGUGACGUCGUUGUCGCCGCCUCCACGGCGAGGAUCGCGGAGGGUCUCCACGCAACAGGCAGGAGACGACGCGCGCGACAGCGCGGAAUCUCGGCCGCCUACGAGCGACGCCGCUGGCCCGGAAGUCGACUCACGUCGUUUAUCGAUUACGCUUUCGCCUCCCACAUCGGCUGUUUCUUUGGUUCAAGUGUAG